AAUGGUGCAACACGAGUGUAAAACGUGUAAGAAGCGCGUUAUCUAAAGAAUUCUCUAUAAAAUUUAAAAACAAUAGUGUCAGUAUUUGAAUAUUGUAGUAAACAAAUUUUAUGUAGAGGAAGUGCCAUUUAAAAGCGAAACUGUAAACGAAAAGUGUGUCGAGAACUAUUUUGACAACUACUUUUGAACGGAGGGAAGAGGUUAUGGCGAAACACUUGGUACAAAUAAUUGUUAUGGGCACGCAAGUCGUGGUCAAAGCGUUCACACGAGCAUUACGACAAGAAAUUGCUGCGAGUCAAGCUGCUGCAAAUAAAGCAGGCUCUGGCAGACGAGGAGCUCAACAUGUUGCAGCUAACUAUAAGACCGGCAUUUCUUUAGAGGAAGCUCUACAGAUUUUAAACGUUGACCGAGUUGACCAAGUGGAAACUAUCGAACGUAAUUAUAAAUACCUUAUGGAAGUCAACGACAGAUCGAAAGGUGGUUCCUUUUAUAUUCAAUCAAAAAUUGUACGUGCUAAGGAACGUAUCGACGAAGAACUGAAAAAUACCAAAGUUCCUCCUCCAAAGACAAACUUUGCACAACAAGAAAGUUCGAAACAACCAUGA